AUGUUUAGUAUAAUAGCAUAUAUAUUUCGGCAGCUCUUUUCGAAACCACUUAAAAAGUGUUUAAUCCUAGGCUUGGACAAUGGGGGUAAAACUACCACCUUACAAUUAAUGCGGAGCGAGAUUAAUCACAACUGGAACGGUGAAGUGGGGCAUACACUGCCCACAGUUGGCCUGAACAUGGCGCGGUUCCAGUACAAACGGCAGGAGGUGUGUUUCUGGGAUCUGGGAGGCCAGACGGCGUUGCGGUCUCUGUGGUCGAAGUACUACGACGAGGCUCAUGGGAUUUUGUACGUUAUCGACGCGAAUGACCCAGACCGUUUAACCGAAGCGCUGGGGGAAUUGGAGAAGGCAGCGGCGCAGUUCGUGACGCCGAUUAAGGUUUGUGUCUUCUUGAACAAGUGCGACGUGGCAGCCGAUGUCGGUCCGCUAACCGCGCAACUCGACGCCUGGUGCGCCCAGCACCUCAAACAUCCGUACGCCGUCCUGUACGGAUCCGCCAUGAGACCAAGAAUUAUUCGCGGCGCUCCUACCACGGCCGCCGAACUCAUCGAAUGCCUACUCACACUGCAUCAAACGAACACUAUAAAGUCGAUCUGA